UCACCCUACGAUGCCUUUCGGGUUAGUUUCCGUGUCAUCGAUCCGUGUGUCACUCGCCAUAAAAUCAUAUGAUUUUCUUUUUUUUAGUCCAUGACAUCAUUGUAUCGGUAAUCUUUACAUGUCCAUGUUGGAAAGUUUUCCGUCAUCAUUCUCAAGUUCCUGUUUAUAGUCUAUGCUCGUCUUUUCUUUAUCUACGAAGUAAACAAGUGACUAAUGCCUCCCAAUGAGUAUCAACGUGGCGCGUAAGGAGAAACCCCACGAACUACGUCUCAUCUGUGAGCCAGGAUCUAGCCAGGAUUCCCCCUCCGCCUCGGACCCAGGCCUCCACUCCCCAUCAGCCGCCCUGGCAUCGCGGCAGGACGCUAACCCUUCCCCAGGCACCCCUUCCAGCCCCCAAUCCGCCCUCCCUGAUGUCAUCUUUGCCCCCAAGCUGGAGUCUACCUCGCUAAACUCGCCAGCCGCUCAGGAACGGCAGCCCCUCUUGAAGCAUGGCACCCGCAGCUCUCUUCUCAAGAGCGUGGAUUUGGACGAUUUCAACAUCUUCAACGACGAUGCGGAAUUCACAGACUUUGUCAAGAAGGCAGAAGACGCCAUAUUCCAGGACAUAUAUCCAGAGAGAAUAAUCCAAGGAUCUAGCGGAAGUUAUUUUGUAAAAAAUGUGGAUAAGAAAACAAUUUCAGUGUUCAAACCGAAGAGCGAGGAGCCCUACGGCCAUCUGAAUCCCAAAUGGAUCAAGUGGUUUCAGCGGACCUGUUUUCCAUGUUGCUUCGGCCGGAGUUGCCUGCUUCCAAACCAGGGGUAUCUCUCAGAAGCCGGAGCAUAUCUCGUGGACAAGAAACUAAGCCUUAACAUCGUGCCCAAGACAAGGGUGGUUAAACUUGCCAGCGAAACCUUCAAUUAUUCCCCCAUCGACCGAGCGAAGGCAAGGACGAAGAAAUUCACGUUAGAGAAAUUUGAAUCACUCGGAAGAAGGUUUCACCGCAUCGGCCUGCCCCCUAAGGUGGGCUCCUUUCAACUCUUCGUCAGUGGAUACAAGGACGCUGAUUAUUGGCUGAGGCGGUUUGACACCGAGUCCCUACCCGAGUCGACGUCCAAGCAGUUCCAGAUGCACUUUGAGCGGCUGGUGGUGCUAGACUACAUCAUCAGGAAUACAGAUCGAGGUAAUGAUAAUUGGCUGAUCAAGUAUGACAAGUCUGAGGUGGACGAGAGUGUGGAUUUAGAGGACAGCUCUGAUUGGUCCAUGGUCAAACCACCUGACAUCAAGAUCGCUGCCAUCGACAACGGUCUGGCCUUCCCAUUCAAGCAUCCUGAUGAGUGGAGAGCAUAUCCUUACCACUGGGCAUGGCUGUCUCAGGCCAAGAUUCCUUUCUCUGAUGAAAUCAAGAACGCAGUGUUACCCAGCCUCUCAGACAUGAACUUUGUUGAAGAGCUAUGCAUAGAACUGAAGGAUCUCUUCUCCAUUGACAAGGGGUUUGAUCGACACAUGUAUGAAAAGCAGAUGUCUGUCAUGAGAGGCCAGAUCCUGAAUUUAUGUCAAGCGUUCCGUGACUGCAAGAGCCCAGUCCAACUGGUCCAGAUGCCCCUGGUGACUGUCGAGAAGAACAGCAAGGACGGCCACCCGGGCAGAGUCAGGCAACACAGCGACUCCUUCACUCAGAGCUUUCAUCAUCGGCAUCCGUUCUUCUCCUGGUGUUAACGUUACCUCAGCAACCAAUGAAAUAAAUGUCUGAAUUUCACAAUUACACAGAUUAUCAGGGAUUGUCAUAUUUUGUGGCUGUAUUUUCGUGAAGUCCACAUGUCUAUUUAGAGAAAUCCUGAACUGCAUUUAUUGACCUGCUAGCUCCGAACCAAAAUGGACCGAUCUGGAGUUUGGCCAUAAGUCCCGCCCAUGUCUGGCAAUUCUUAUGACCAAAUUUGACCGAACUACAGUGGUCACCUGACCAAAAGAAUCGGUCUAAUUGGUCAAGGUGCACUGUAUGAUUGACAGAGGAGGAGGGUCCAUUGUCGUAACUUAGCAACACACUUUAUAGUCUUAGAUAAACCCUAUGAUAAGCACAGAAAGCCUUUUAUUCAUUCAUUAUGUAGUUGAUAGCACUGCAAGCGUAGCACUACAGACAUUACCUGGGUGAGAGUCGAACCUGUAACAUCUCACUUGUAAGUGCAGAUGCCUGAACCAAGCCAUCUAGCGUCUUCUUGUGCUGCCUUGAAAAUUAACUCGUCCACAAAAAUGUAUUGUUUCCUGUCAGGGCAUUUUGUACCAAUUGUGUCAACAUUCUUAACAUAUUUGGUGCUUGAAUUCAAUGACACGAAAGAGUUUCAUGAGAGGAGAGGUAUAGUCCUGUGAAAUUAUUGAACCAAAGACACAAAAUCAGCAUAUUUGUGAUUUGUAAUUUUCCACGUUGAUAUUGCAAUGAUGGUGUUUCUAUUUACUUUAAAAUACUGUAAUUUAACUUUUGGCACUUUUUGAAUGGAAUUUUAUAGGUUCUUCAUUUGACAGGUUUUUUUUGUUAGCAAAUCCUCCGUUGCAAUAAAUUUAAGUUAUCUCCGAUCCGAAGCCACAUCUUGUAAGAAAAAAGUUUCUUAAUUUGCAGUUUCAAAACUAAGGUUUUGGCACAACUCUUUCUUGAAAUAUAAGCACUGAGAAAUUAAGUUCCCCGGCAUUAAAAAUAUAAUUUUGAUUGUAUUGGAUGUGAACGUGCAAUACUGACAGAGCGGAUUCCAGGAUUAAUUGAUGUUGAAUAUUAAUUUUUGACUAUCGUUUUAUUCAAUCUCUUGCAGAUUUAAAGAAAUAAAAAGGCAAAAAAUGCAUAAAAAACGACAGCUAGAAAUGAACAUGUUAUAUUUAUCUGCAAACAAUUUUCUUUGAUUUUAGGUUUAAUUUUUAAAAAAGCCACACAAUUAUAAUUAUGGCUCAACUGCGAUUCAUUCAUUCAGUUUUUUCACAAAUUUAAGGUUAAUUUGUUCAUUUUCUUUUCCUGUAAAUAAUUUGCGUGUGUGUUGUAAAUUUAAGAAAAUUCAAGGACAGAUUAGAUCGUCCUAGUUUCAUAAACAAGUUUUAUGAAUGAAGACAUCGUUGGGAAGGAUUUACUUUAAUAAUUUUUCCAGCUAAAAUUGUUUCCCCCUAUAAUAUAUGUAUUUUCUUCCACAAAUAUUGCCCAGAAAUGUAUUGGUCAUCCAUGCAAUGAGAAUUGAAGUCCUGAGCUUUUCCCCGUCGCAUAAAAAGAUGGAAUUUUCGUGUGUAUUUUCUGUUGUUUUUCAUUCAGAAUUCUUGUCGGCAAUUAAAAGGUGCGGCCAUUUUUCUUCUUCUGUAAUACCCUUUUUUUUUAGAAUGAAGGUGACACAUAUAAGACAAGACGCCCAUACCUAUUUGUGCCUAAAUUCUUUGAUUUUAUGGGCUUCCGUUGCUUGUUUUCUGGUAUUUUUCACAGUUGUUUGUAUAAAGAAAGUAGUUACAAAUCAAGUGGGAAUAAAAACUGGGAAUUUUAAAGCAAAACGGUAUCAAAAUUUGAGGGUUUUACAAAAAACAUAAGAAGCGUAGGAUCAAUUUGGAAGGUAGACCUUUUUUAUGAUGGAGUUGAUGUUUGCUCUUCUCAUCCCAACUUCAAAAACGCUUUAAAUUUGAAAAUGAAACUUUUAAAUAUCAAAAGCAUUCUUUCGAAUUUUUGUUUGCCAAAUCAUGCUUACUGUCAUUUUCUUUAAAGUAGCCGUUUGUUAAAUUUAAACCAGAAAUCAAGCAAAUGUGUGUAAUUUAUUCAAUUAGUUUCAAUUAUUUGAUUGCACUUAUGAUUCCCCCCCCCCAGCAAAUCACAGUGUUGAGAACACCGCUAGAAUGAUAACACCAUCUUCGAUUUCAUCUUCAUUCUGAAAUAAAUACAAGAGGCAAAUGCCCAACAAAA